AGACAAGUUUCUGGAAUUUUAUUCGCAUCAAUGGCGACGGAAGAGGAAGAUUCGAUAGAGGGGGCAGCAGCGACGCGGCGACAGCGGCUUAGAGCUCUCAGAGCCGCUCAGGAACUCCUCAACACUCCUGACCAAGACGACCUUCCCCACCACCACGCCGCCCCCGCUCCUCCUCCUGGUCCUCCAGACCGCGAUGCCGACAACGAUGACGAAAAAGAAGAAGAAGAAGAAGGCCAAGAAGAACGAGAAGAGUCUUCAGGAGGGGAGAGUUGCUCUCCGGUACUACCAAAAUUUGAAGACCCUGUGGCUGAAGCACCUCCUUGUCAAGAGAAGAAAGAGGACCCGUUUCUAAAUAUUGCCCCAAAGAAGCCGAAUUGGGAUCUGCGGAGGGAUGUACAGAAGAAGCUUGACAAGCUAGAGAAACGUACACAAAAAGCAAUGUUUCAGCUUAUGGCGGAAGAAGAAAAGAGGAGGAGAUUAUCUGAAGAAGGUGCAGAUGGAGAAGAUUGACUUUUCAAUUCAUUGUUGGGACGCGGCUUGUAAUAUGGAAAUUUAGUAGGAAUAUUAGGAAUUGGUAUAGGGAUUUACAUAAAUCUUAGAUUGAGCCUUGAGUAUUAACCCUGUGCCUUGAGCAGACUACGGGGAGCAGGAAAAUUCUGGUAGGCGGAAACUGGGUCUGCUGUGUUGAAAUUCGAUCCUGCUGUUAUUAGGGAAUCUGUUUUUCUUCUCUAA